CCAGCGCUACCGCUGCUCUAUCCUCCGCCACCACCACCUUCCUCCUCCUCUCUGUCGUUCCUCCCGUGGCCCCCCUCCCCCAAUCACCCCAUGGAUUUCGGCUGCUUCAAUACCCAUACAGGGGACGGGCUUCCAUUCGAAUCUGGGGUAUUCCCAGUUGGGCUUCAAGAUUUCCACCAUUUUGACGAUGCUUUUGAUCAUGUCUUGGCAGUGGCAGACGGGUACCCUUCCGGCUUCGACCUCAAGGCCUUGUCGUCACCACCACCCAGCCUCCAGACCGGGAUGCCCGUCGAGGGCCUCCAGGGCAGGGCCGGUGUAUCAUCAGGCUAUCCGCAGAGAAGCCUCAGCGGCCGCACGGGGCCGGGUCCCGGCCAGUCCUCCAUGGUUCUCAAUGUCGAGCCUCUCAUGGCUUUCGGGCCUACUGACGAGCUCUCGUGCGUGACAGGCGAUAACAGAUCGUGCAGGGGGGGAGUCGAGAUGAACAGCAAGUGCCCGCCUGUGAAGAAAAGCAGCGGCUGCAAAACUCACAAGAAGCCGAAUGUAGUGAAGGGGCAGUGGACCCUCGAAGAAGACAGAUUGUUAGUGAAAUUGGUGGAGCAGUAUGGAUUGAGGAAGUGGUCGCACAUUGCUCAGAUGUUGCGUGGGAGGAUAGGAAAGCAGUGCAGAGAACGAUGGCACAACCAUUUGAGGCCUAACAUCAAGAAAGAUAGUUGGAGCGAAGAGGAAGACAAGAUUCUGAUCCAAGCGCACUCAGAAGUAGGAAACAAGUGGGCGGAGAUUGCCAAGAGGCUGCCUGGGAGGACCGAGAACUCCAUCAAGAACCACUGGAAUGCAACCAAGCGGAGACAGUUCUCCAGAAGGCGGUGCCGCAACUCCAAGUACCCCAAAUCAGGCUCCCUCCUGCAGAACUACAUCAAGAACCUGGCUCUGCAGUGGGGCACAGCACCAACAGUCCCAGCAGCAUCCGCUGCAGCGCCGAGGACGCCGGCAGACGACCACCUCAAGAGCACCGAAAGCAAUGAUGGCGGCUCAGAGGCUUCGAUGGCCCUGACAUGCGUACCUGUAGAAGGUCUAUCCGCGGACGUGGGUGCAGAUGCCUGCGGAGGCAGCGACGACAUCCUGGCCUGCGACUUCAGUGACAUGGCUAAUCUUCUGCUUGACGACAACAAGGUUGAUGUGCCGCCUGAGAGAUACGACAUGGGGUACCUCUUUGACCUGCUGGGUUGGGGUCCGGGGAUUGCCAAGAAGAGCUGCCUUGACAUGGAGAUGGCGUGGGAUGAGAUGCCGACACCAUGCGAGGCGAACACGAAGGUGAAGGUGAAGAAGGAGAUGGACCUGGUGGAGAUGAUCGCUCAGAACAACGAGGCUGACUGCAGCAGCCGUAACCAGCUCUGAAAUAUGAUGGUCGGGGAAUCCCCGUGAGGAUUAUAUAAGGUUUGCGUAAAUUGGAGUGGAAGUCCUUCUUUAUCAGUCAUAUAUAUGCAUGCCUUCAAGAAUCUGCCCGCAUACAUAAUAUAAAUAUAUAUUAUCUGAGGACCCAACGAACUUAAUUAGCGGAGAAAGAAAGGACAAGCAUAAGAAUAAUUAUGUUUAUGGUACCACAGUGACAUAUGCAUGAAUAAGAGACAUAAGGAUGUCAUGAUCUUUUUUA